CUGAGGUGUCGUUGGGGGUUUCUCACCAGCCACGAAUAGGUCUUCAUUCAUGAUAGCUGGCUUGAGCACGUAGCCACAACCUCCGUUUUCCGAGAAGCGUCCCUCCUGCAGAUCAAUCAUGAGUCCCGGUGUCUGAUAGUUGAGGCCGACUAGUUGUAUUCCGUGGUUCCAGAACUCCUGCGGAUUCAGAUUGGACGAGUCGUUGUGACUUCCGCCGUGAACAGCUGGCAAUACCGUGAUCAUCUUCGGAAACUUCACCACUUUCUGCUGAGCAGCAUAGGCGUUUGCCCUGUAAAAUGUCGAAUGAGGCAAUGGUAA